GCGGGACCCCAGGAGGAGCGAAGGAGCAGAGCCGCUGGGGAGCAUCAGACGGCGGAGAGGCGCUAUGGCGGGAACGAAUCUCGGGGCCCGCUUCUACCGGCAGAUCAAGAGACAUCCCGCGCUCAUCCCGAUGAUCGGCUUCAUUGGCCUGGGAAUGGGCAGCGCGGCGCUGUACUUGCUGAGACUCGCCCUGCGCAGCCCCGACGUCUGCUGGGACAGAAAAAACAACCCAGAGCCCUGGAACCGCCUGAGCCCCAACGACCAAUACAAGUUUCUUGCAGUUUCCACUGACUAUAAGAAGCUGAAGAAGGACCGGCCAGACUUCUGAGCUGGCUGGGGUGCCAGCGAGUGGUGAGCAGUAAACCACCAUCAGCCAGCCAGCCAGCCAGCCGACUCAUUUCUUCCACUCUCUGCCCCCUGCCCCCAGGGCGCCACUCCAGCCACCCUGCCCAGCUGCUGCUUCCACAGGCUUGGUUCCCACAGGAGGGGACACAGCUCCCCACCCCCUUCCCUUGCUCCCGCAGCGGAAGCGCCUCUGACCCUCAGCUUGAGUCCCACGCAGGGGGGGUGGGGGGAGUUAGGAGAGCAGGCAGUGUGUUGACCCAAAAGGCUCAAGCCAGCCCCUCUGCCCCCCUACCCAGGCCUUGCAGGGUGUGGCUCAGGCUACGUGUUGAGCGUGGCCAACGUGAGCCAAGAGCAAGCGGAGGCCUCUCAGUGCCAAGUGACGUGGCGGGCCCGCGUUAGGCCAGGCUCGGGCGCCUCGCAGGGGCGGUGCUGCUCUAGCUCGACUGGGCUCGUCGCUGGCUGCCCCGCCUGCCCUGGAUGAGGCACCUUCGCCCCAGGGAAGCGCAGCGAGCGCCUCCCCGUGCCCAAGCCCACUGCUUCCCGGGCCAACAGGCAUCCCCUCCCACGGCCUUGCACCUGGGCCUCCCCCUGCCAUUCUGCCCCUCCCUUGCUCCCCUCAGUCCCCUGGGAUCAAACAGAAGCAGCCGUGGGCAAAAUACAAUUUCAUUUAACAAAUUGAA